AUGGUGAGGAUUGUAUACAAAAUUGAUGAAUUGUUGGAUUUAAGACAUUACGGGGUUGUAGAUUUAAAACAGCUGUUGCCAAAAAUUAUUCCUGGUACAAGCGCUAACAAAUUUGGAAAGGCCCAUCCACAUACUAACAAAAGUUUUCCAAAGUUUAAGAAUAAUAUUGGGAAUAAUAGUUAUUCUAAAGCAUAUCUACCUCACUUCAUGAAAGAGAAUAAAUAUCCCCCCAAUAUCUCGUAUGAUAGUCGUAUUCCUGGAAUACAGCUAUCUGCACAAACUUUAAAUGACAAUAGCACGUCCUUAUCUUCAAUGUUUUAUCAUAAUAAUUGUUAUGAUGCUAAAAUACAAUAUCCUUUAUUUAACUUGCUGAUGUUUCCGCCAGGGUCAAGAAUAAUUCGUAUUGAACCUGGAAACUCACUACCUAAAGGUGCCAUACCUAUCCCAUUCAGGUUUGAAGACGAAUUUUCUAAGCCUAGUGAUUCAAGGAGACAGGGAUUUGACAAUCAGUCAAAUCUAUGUAUGGGCGAAUUGCAAAAGAGUGCCAUCGAUAAAGCUAAACACAAAAAAUAUAGAAAAAAUUCUAAUAUACAAAAUCCAAUUAAGUCAAUGGAUUUUCAAUCCUCCAAAAAUAGAACAUUUAAACCUGUUUCAAACCCAUAUUCUGUUACAGGAUUCUUCCCAGAACGUGAGAUUAAAGAAGAUGCUAUUAUGCCAGAAAAUACUGAUACAUCCAAACCUAAAACCUUCAGUCAUGCUUUACCAAAUAAUAGUCAGACAAGUAUUAAUGAUACGGAUAGCUCAGUAACUAUUGGCUCUUCGUCUUGUGACAGUUUUAAUAUUCAAAUUCAAAUUUCGGCAACUCAUUAA